AUGGCUGUGGCACAAUCCUUAGCCAUCCGUCUCAUGUCAGCCAAUGUUGGAGACACAUUAAGACCCACGCAUAUACUUACUGACAUAAUAACCUUCUUAUCAGGUUCAGGAUCCAGAAACACCACCGUUGUACAGCAGUCUGUGUCUGAGUCAGUCCAGCCAGGAGACUCUGUGACUCUGAACUGUACAAUACACACUGAGACCUGUGCAGGAGAACACAGUGUCUAUUGGUUCAGACAUGGCUCAGGAGAAUCCCGUCCAGGAAUCAUUUACACGCAUGGAGACAGGAGUGAUCAGUGUGAGAAGACCACUGAGGCUGGGUCUCCUACACAGAGCUGUGUCUACAACCUCCCCAAGAGGAACCUCAGCCUCUCUGAUGCUGGGACUUACUACUGUGCUGUGGCCUCAUGUGGGGAGAUGCUGUUUGGAAAUGGGACCAAACUGGACAUCAAGGACAAUGGCGCAGAACCUAUUCUCUUGGUGUACUGCCUAAGCGCAGCAUUGGGUCUGUCGUUUAUACUGAUCACUGUCCUUGGUUGCAUCAUGUACAAGAUGAACAAGAGAAAGUGUGUGCAGUGUAGAGGACCCGUCUCUCAGAAAAGAGAACCAGCAGUCUCUUCUUCAGAUGCAGGGGCCCAAGAUGCAGACAGUCUCCAUUAUGUAGCUCUGAAUCUGAGCAACAAGAAGAACAGGUCUAGAAGACAGAGAAGCAACAUGCAGGAAGAGACGGUGGUCAUAUACUCUGGGAUCAGACAGUAGAACAAUAAAACAGAUUCAUGAGCUCUAAGUUACUGUAUUAGCUUUGUUAUUGUAACUGUAGCUGCUAAUAAAUUAAAUGUAUUGCCUCUCUGCCAUGUGAUAAGAUGAAUAAACAUUUAACAA